AUGUCAGUGGAUGAAAAUGCAGUGAUUGAAAGUGAGAAGAAUGUUAUGUUCCUGGCUGUCGAGAAUGAAUGUCAUGCAGUUGCCGAAGAGAUAUUGACGAUAAUCGAUAACAAAGGUUGGACUCAACUUCUUACUAACCAUCGCAACUUGACUGUCUUGCAUCUUGCACCGUUAUGCACAGAAAACUUCUGUGCACGACUAAUCGAAGGACAUCCAGGAUUAAUAAAAAAGGUUGAUAAAGAAGGAUCUACAAUAGUUCACUUUUGGAUAAAAAGUGACAAAGAAUGGUUAUUUAAAUUCAUACUUGAGAGCAAGUGGAAGGUUUCGUUUGUCAAACUUAUUGAUGUUAAGGAUUAUAAUUACCAAAAUAAUCCUUUUCACGUCGCUGCAACUAGCUCUCAUGAAGCAACAAACCAAAUUGUACAACUCCUUGUAGAAGCUUACAAAAAAAACAAUCUAAAUUGGGAUGAAAAAGAUAUAGAUAUGUUGCCGUGGUUUGAAAAGAAUAAAGAAAAUGAAGGACCUCUGCACUUGGCAAUACGCCAUAAACAUGAAGAUCUUGCACUGUACAUACUGUCCCUUGUCAAGAAUGAUCAAAAGGUAGAUCUAGAAGAGCUACUAGAUUAUUUCAUGCCGGAGCACUCUACAUUGUUUCUUGCUAUGGAAAAUAAUUGCGUUACAGUAGCCAAAUUCAUACUGGAAAAUUUGGAUAAAGACGAACGAGCCAAAUACCUGAAGAAUUUCUUAGAUGGCCGGAAUAUAUUGCAUCUUGCUACAGAUUUAGUAGACGAAAAGUUCGGGGCAUUACUAGUAAACGAAGAACCGGAACUCAUCACCGAAAAAGACAACAAUGGACAAUCAUCUUGGGAUAAAGCAUUUGAACUUGGUCGUGUAUGGUUUAUACAAGCAGCUUUGGAAAAAAAACCGACUGUGUUCGAUAGCGAACCACGGCCUUGGAUUAAAGCAUGUGAGAAUGGUCAUGUCUCAGCUCUUCGAGCCUUCAUCGACCAUAUUCCAAGAGAAUUUCUAUAUCUUUGUAUUGAGUAUAAGGAUUCUCCUUUACAUCACAUUAAACUUUCAAGUUUAAAACACUAUGAAGAGUUUCUUAAGAUUCCACGCAUGAUGGAUCUAAUUAAUCUUCAAGAUUCUACAGGUGCAACACCUUUACACAAAGCAAUACAAAAUGCAGAUUUAUUAUUGACUGAAACUUUACUCACCAUUGAUAUGGUAUUAUAUGACAUCAAGAACGAUGAAAAUGUCUCUGCCAUAGAUCUGUUGGCUCAAAAAUGUGAAGACAAUCAAGCAUGUCCAUGGGACAAGAUGUGCAAAAGACAUGGUCUUAAUCCAAAGAUUAAAACAACGUACUUUCGAGCUAAGACGAAUUUGUUGGAUGUGCGAAAUUCUCUGUUUGUGGUAGCUGCUUUACUAGCCACUAUUACAUUCACAGCUGGAUUCACUCCCCCCGGUGGAUUUACUCAAGACACCGGUGAAGCAACUUUGGCAAAGAAGGCAACUUUUUUGGUGUUUUUGGUAUCUGAUACACUAGCACUAUUUUUUUCAAUGUUGGUGUUGAUUUGCCUCAUAUGGUCUAUGGUUUACGAAUCUAGUCAAUCUUUGUUUUUGAUUGAUCGAAGUAUGGUGUUACUCCGUUUUGCAUUAAAUAACACAUUAUUGGCAUUUAUGACGGGAGUCUACGUUGUCAUAGCUCCAAAGUCAUUGUGGGCAGCUAUUUUCAUUAUUGUCAUCGUGAGCUCUCUCAUUGGAAUUUCAAUCAGCAAGACUCUCUUGUACAAAGCACUAUUGUAUCUAGACAAGUUUUUCCCUUCUCAAAAUAUGAAGAAGUGCAGAGAUCGAUUUCAUUUGAUGGAAUUGGGGUGCAUCUCCAAUAAGAAUGAGUAG